GAUCAUAUAAUGAUGGAUAAUGAAAGAAAAUCAUCAUUUUUUAUCAAUGAUAUAUUGAAAAAUCAUUCAUCACCAAAUCAACAUAGUGGAUCAUCAAUAACAUCAACAACAAUGAUAAAUGCACAUGAUCUUUCAUUACGUGCAUCAGCAGCUGCAGCAGCAUCAGCUAAUGCUUAUAAUUUAUUUGCAGCAGCCGUAGCGGCAGCCGCAUCAAAGCCAAAUUCACAUCAAAAUUCUACUAAUCAUAAUAAUAACAAUAAUGAUCCGAAUAAUCCAACAAAUGGUUUAUUAAUGUCCAAUAACAGUUUUCCUUCAUCAGCAACUGCAGCAAAUUUUUUCAACCAAAUGAAUCUAUUAUCUCAUCCAUCAUUAUCAGGAUCAAUUAGGCCAUCAUUAUCACUAUCAGGACCGCCACCACCACAGCCACCAUCAUCAUCAUCGAUGACUGCAUUUGGUGCACUUACAAAUGUACCAUUAUCAAUGGAACAAAUACAGAAUGCUGCAGUAGCUGCCGCUGCGGCUGCUGCUGCUGCAUCAUCAUUAAAUUCAUCAAAUAAUAGUACAAUUGCUGGAGAUAGUGAUUGUGAUAUGGAUAAUGAUGGUAUGGAUGACGAUAUUUGUUCAUCUAAUGACGGUGAAGAUGAAAGAGUUGGAAACAAUGACAAUAUUACUGGUGAAUCAAGAUUUCAUCAUAAUCAACAACAAGCUAAUCGUAUUAUACCAGAAUUAAAGAUGCAAAAGAAACAACGAAAAGCUCGUACAGCAUUUACUGAUCAUCAAUUACAGACAUUGGAAAAAAGUUUUGAAAGACAAAAAUAUUUAUCCGUUCAAGAUCGUAUGGAAUUGGCGGCCAAAUUAAAUCUAUCGGAUACACAAGUAAAAACAUGGUAUCAAAACAGAAGGACCAAAUGGAAACGACAAACAGCCGUUGGUCUUGAAUUAUUAGCUGAAGCAGGAAAUUAUGCUGCUGUACAACGUAUGUUACAAACAUCACCAUAUUGGUUAUCACAAUAUGGUAAUGUAGCAACGGCUGCAUUAGCUGCGGCUGCUGCCUCGAAUCCAACAUUAUCAAAUAAUGCUGCUGCUGCUGCUGCCGCAGCUACACAAGCUGGAUCAACACCAUUUGAUAUUUAUUAUCGACAAGCGGCUGCAGCAUUACAACAAAAACAUCCUAGUCCGCAAACAUUAACAACCUCUUCAUCAUCAUCAACGACAACAACAUCAACAAUAAUUGGAAAUGGACAACAACAACAACAACAAACAACCAUCAAUAAUCAGCAUGGUUCCAAUUCACCUGUUUCAAUUCAAUCACCGCCAUUGUCAUUAUCAUCAUCAUCAUCACCAUUAACAACAACAACAAUAACAACACCGAUAACUCAACCGGUAACAUUAUCAACAACAACAUCAUCAUUAACCAAUCAAUCAGUAUUCUCAACAUCAUCCCUUAUGACAAAUACGUCAUCAUCACCAUAUAUGACAUCAACAGCAGCAAAUAUUGCUCGUUUCAAUCCAUUGUAUCUAAGUGGAUUGAAUUUACCACAUCAAUCGAUUGGAGAUCGAGUAUCAUCAUCAUCAAUAUUUGAAAAUGGAAGAUCUAUGGGUGGUUUAUUGAUACCUAAAACGAAUAACAUGGGUGACAAUAGUUUAGAUAUGAAAAUUAAGUCAUCAUCACCACGAUCAUCAUCCACAUCAUCAUCAUCAUCAUCACCGACGUCGGCUAUAGCAGGUGAUUCCAGUCCUGAACAUAAUCAUAAUCAUCAUCAUCAUCGUCAUUCAUCAAGAAUGACACCACCCGCCACAAAAUCCGUUCGAUCAAGUGGUUCACCAGCAUUAUUGACCAGUAAAGAUUGAAUACAGAAAAGAUCGUAAUAAAAAUUCUAAUAAAUAAACAUGUGCCUUGAGCUCAAAUGAUAUACAGUAUUGUAGCUAAAUAAGGAAGAAAAAAUAGAAUAAACUGGAACUUGUAUGAUGUGAAAAGUUGCGCACAUUUAAAUGAACA